UACUACUGUGUAUUGUAACUGGUAACGAAUAUGACUUCUGUCAAAAUUCUGUGAAGAUCUACAAUGAAUGUUGUUUACCCAGCAGGUGGAUAUGACGUCACGGAUUUGGAACAUCAGAAAAUAACAUCCAAAUUCGCGAUUAUUUUUUCUUUCAAUGGAAUUAAAAUGUAAUAACAUUAGAAAGAGCUCGCUCUCGUAUUCGAGACAGAACGUGGCGUGAAGUCUAGAUUAUUUAACCGGUAACAGCGCUCUCCGUGAAUGUAGCAGAGAUGUCUCCUCGCAGUUAAAGUUAGUCCCCCAAGCGGAGUAAUGUUGGUAGUAUUUACAGCGUGAAUAUUGCAUGCUUACUUGGUACACAAGAUCGCGUGUACAGUUCAUUAUCUCUAGCACAGAAUUGUCUACUGCGUGCACCUACCAUUGUCGAUUGGUGUCAUCUGUGAACUCCCAAUGGUCCCGCCCCUGAUGACCCUGAGCUGAAUUUUCAUUGGAAGAAUGGAACGCCAGUCUUUCCUACACAAGUGAACACGUGGGUGCUCUGAUUGGCUGAAUACUUUCUGCACUGUAGUCUGGCUGGCUGCCAGCGCCUGCCUUGCCCCUGAUCAGAAGUGAACGUGACAUUUGUGCGGAGCCUGGAGACUCCAGUGGUGACCCCCUGUGGAGACAGAGAUCAAAGGCAAGGAGGCUGAAGUCACUACGCUGGAACUGAAGAUUGCUUUAAACGAGCAAGUCAUUGUAGAAGGUUUUUAAGUCAUGAUGCAAGAAUCUGGGACCGAGGCGACAAGCAACGGUCCAGCCAGUCAGAACAGAGCAGCGAGCGUGGAGGACGGAGCCAGGAACGCGAGGCCCAACAGCGCCACGUCAGUGGACGUCACGGCAGCUGACCUGAUCCAUCUCCAGCCGCAGCAGGCUCUUCAAGUGGCUCGGCAGAUCCUUCUACAGCAACAACAUCAACAACAGCAACAACAACAACAACAACAACAACAGCAGCUGCAGCUUCAGCAAGGCACCGAUCUAAAAUCCCCCAAAGACAAUGAGAAUCAGCCGAGCCUACAGGUUCCAGUGUCAGUGGCUAUGAUGACACCCCAGGUAAUAACGCCUCAGCAGAUGCAGCAGAUCCUCCAGCAGCAGGUCCUGAGCCCUCAGCAGCUCCAGGUGCUCCUGCAGCAGCAACAGGCCCUCAUGUUACAACAGCAGCAACUCCAAGAGUUCUACAAGAAGCAGCAGGAACAGCUCCACCUCCAGCUCCUCCAGCAGCAACAUGCGGGCAAGCAGAGUAAAGAGCAGCAGCAGCAGGCCCAGCAGUUGGCCUUCCAGCAGCAGCUCAUGCAGGUCCAACAGCUCCAGCAGCAGCACCUGCUCAACCUCCAGAGACAAGGCCUGCUCACCAUCCAGCCUGGACAGACCGCCCUGCCCCUGCACUCGCUCACUCAGGGCAUAAAUCCAGCAGAGCUUCAGCAGCUGUGGAAGGAGGUGACGAACUUGAAGGAAGAGAACAACAGCAACGGCCGCCGCGGCCUGGACCUGUCCUCGCCACAACCCCCCAAGAAGCCCCUCCUCAACCAACACGCCUCCACCAAUGGACAGUACAUGAGCCAUUCUCUGAAGAGAGAAGGAUCCACGCUAGACGACUACCACCACUCUCACCACAGUCACCCGCUCUAUGGGCACGGGGUUUGCAAGUGGCCUGGAUGCGAGGCGGUGUUUGAGGACUUCCAGUCAUUCCUGAAGCAUCUCAACAAUGAGCACGCCCUGGACGACAGGAGCACAGCCCAGUGUCGGGUGCAAAUGCAGGUUGUACAGCAGCUGGAACUGCAGCUAGCGAAAGACAAAGAGCGUCUGCAAGCCAUGAUGACGCAUCUCCACGUCAAAUCCACGGAGCCCAAACCCACCCCACAGCCACUCAACCUGGUGUCCAGCGUCACCCUGUCCAAGACAGCCCCCCCUGAGGCCUCACCCCCCCUGAGCCUGCCCCAGACCCCCACCACCCCCACGGCCCCCCUGACGCCCUUGUCCCAGGCCCACUCCGUCAUCACCCCCAACAGCCUCCACCACAGUGUGGGCCCCAUGCGCCGACGUUACUCUGAUAAGUACAACAUGCCAAUCUCCCCAGAUAUUGUCCAGAACAAAGAGUUCUACAUGAAUGCUGAAGUCAGACCUCCCUUCACGUAUGCCUCGUUAAUACGCCAGGGUAUCCUUGAAUCACCGGAAAAGCAGCUAACACUAAAUGAAAUUUACAACUGGUUCACACGAAUGUUUGCGUAUUUCAGGCGCAAUGCCGCAACAUGGAAGGGUACCAUCCGCACCAACCUUUCCCAGCAUAAGUGCUUUGUGAGAGUAGAGGACGAGUUUGGGUCCUUUUGGACUGUUGAUGAUGAGGAGUUUAAAUGCGGCCGCCAUAUACAGCGAGGCCGGCCUCAGAAAUACACAGCUGAUGAGAACUUUGAUGAGCUGCUAGUACAAAGUCCAGCCUUAGUGAAGAACAUCCAGACCAGCUUGGGCUAUGGUCCGGCUCUCUCUGCAGCCUUCCAGGCUUCAAUGGCAGAAAACAAUAUACCUCUAUACACUACUGCUUCCAUUGGAAGUCCUACCCUCAACUCGCUGGCGAAUGCCAUCCGAGAGGAGAUGAUUGGAGCGAUGGACCAUGGAAACAGCAACGGCAGUGACAGCAGCCCAGGACGCUCUCCCUUGCCAGCUAUGCAUCACAUUAAAGAGGAACCGCUGGACCCGGAGGACCACGAAGGCCCCCUCUCCCUGGUGACGACAGCCAACCACAGUCCAGAUUUCGAUCACCACAGAGAUUACGAUGACGACCAGGGCCACGAUGACAUGCUGUAAGGUCGGGCCCCCAGGGCCCCUCCCAGAGGCAGAACUAACCUUAGUCAUCUGUGAGACGCCACAACGUCACAGAUAACACAGAUACAAGACUGCAGUCUCAGUCCUCUGAUGACAGCUAUCAAAUGUUUCCAAUUGACUUUUAGUGCCAUUAAAUACAUAGUGAAAAACACAAGAAAGAGAAUACGUCCCACUUGGGAGUAUUUUUGAUUUAUAUCUACUUUUUGGUUUAAGUGAACGAAAAUAAGAAAAAAAGUAAUUUCUACUCUACAUGCGUUGGAUGGACAUGUUUGGUACUGGGGACGACUUCUUGGUCAGCGUGCUGGCUUCAAAUCCAGGAUGGACUUGGACUUGCACUGUGCAGCCAGUAUGAACUUGGACCUGCACUGUACAGCCAGUAUGGAUUGCAUGCAGCCCACUCAACCACACUGAGCAUGGACUGCAGAGGGGUUCUCUCUCUCACACACACAAACACACACACAUGCCCAUAAACUCAAGAGAUAUUGAAUGACGUUUAAUUUACGCUGUGUGUGUGUGUGUGUGUGUGUGUGUGUGUGUGUGUGUGUGUGUGUGUGUGUGUGUGUGUGUGUGUGUGUGUGUGUGUGUGUGUGUGUGUGUGUGUGUGUGUGUGUGUGUGUGUGUGUGUGUGUGUGUGUGUGUGUGUGUGUAGAUUUUGUUCAUGGUCACUGCCUUCACAAUUUCAUUGGUUUGCUUCCAUUUAGGGUGGGAGGGAUGUUUUUUGGUGUGUUUUGAGGGUGAGGGGUUUAAAAUAUAAACUAUGUAUUUUCCAUUGUUCGUUGCUGUUGUUGUUGCAUUUGAUUUCUGUAACUGAUCAGACCUCAUGCCCAUGCUGUGGAGAUUCUGUAUGGUCAGCACUUAAUGAUGGAUGUUUAGGAUUUCCUUUCUUGUUGUUUCCUCUUUUUUUUUUUACAUGAAGCAGAAUGUCAAAUACCAUGUAGUAUUUUUCUGUCAUUUAUUCCACAUGCUUCAGAAUGCCACCCCUCUAACAUGUAGUCCAUCCUCAUCGCAUCCCCCAAGCUCAUCAAGUCCAUCCUCAUCGCAUUCCCCCAAGCUCAUCAAGUCCAUCCUCAUCGCAUUCCCCCAAGCUCAUCAAGUCCAUCCUCAUCGCAUUCCCCCAAGCUCAUCAAGUCCAUCCUCAUCGCAUUCCCCCAAGCUCAUCAAGUCCAUCCUCAUCGCAUUCCCCCAAGCUCAUCAAGUCCAUCCUCAUCACAUUCCCCCAAGCUCAUCAAGUCCAUCCUCAUCGCAUUCCCCCAAGCUCAUCAAGUCCAUCCUCAUCGCAUUCCCCCAAGCUCAUCAAGUCCAUCCACAAUGCACUACUCGUAAUGAAGGCUCUCUCCAUGCAUCAAUGAAGUUUCAUUUAAGAUGGGAAUGAAUGACAGAGAAAUCAUGCAGGUUAUGAUUUAUCCUCAUUCAAUUAUAUUUUAAAACAGCCCUUCAGGGCAGUGCGUUAGCUGCAACCAAAUUUCUGAUCAUUCGCAAGCUCCCAAUUUUAGAAAGAAAAUCAAAUGUCAGGUGUGCAGUACAAAGAUAAUAUUUUAGACCAACUAAUUGUGAUUCCUGAACACAACUCUCAUUGUAGAUUAAACAUGUAUAGUUUUCCACACUGUAAUUUCAGUCAUGGAAGGAUUGUUUGGCCUUGCUUGAAGAUAUCAAAGUUGUUUUUUUUUACCAUAUGCAUGACCAGUUGGCUCUCAAAUCUGUUUGUGAUUAUUAAUAAUUACACACAUCAGAUUAAAUAUUCAUGUUCUUAAUUUAGGGAUAAUCCCAAAACUGGCAAUAAGACCUGAUCAUUGCUUCAUUCCAGUAUUGGCAGACAUGUUAGGCCCCCAGAAACCCACACACCACAAGGUAACUGAUGAUCUGGGUACUGUUUGGGGUCAACAUCAGCAGAACCAAAUGACUAAGUCAGAGUAGUGAUGUAGACCCUGCAAUAGGGUGGAUGGGAUUGAUGCUGGGGCUUUGAGGCUGAAUACAAAUGGGCUUGAUCCUACAGUAGGUUUGGUUUAUGAUAUGAAACAGGCUCAUACAAAGACUCACAAAGAUACAUUUUUAAAGACUGCAACCAACCACUUGGCAUUUUUUAUUUAUUAUUAUUUCUUUUUUUGUUUGUAACUUCUGUUUAGUUAGUUGUCGAUGUUUCUAAAAUCUUGUUCUGUGACUACCAAAGAUAAACUACAAAGUAAAAACAAUGUUCUCUGUUUCAUGCAAUAGCAGAAAAGGCCAAAUAUCCUCCAUUCUCUCCCAUUGGCUGUGAAAGGAACUAAAGAUGGACUAUAGUCUCAGCUGUGUCAAUCCAAUUGCACAUUGAUUAGAGAGGGUUGUCUGACUGUCAUUAGCUUUAAAGCCAAAGGAGUCUCUUGUUGAGUGUAGCAGCUGCAGGACUUUGCAGUGACCACAACUGAAAGGGAGAUGCAGAGAGUCAGACAAACAUUAUGACCAGAUUAGGGGAACAUGUUCUUUGGGCCAAUGAGAGGAAAAGGCAUCACUCAGUCUAUCAGCAGCAGAUUGCUGUGCCACCUAGGGGGAUGAAAUGAGAUUAUGGUCAUAAUGAGGAUGACAGUGAUUUAGCAGUGGACAGGAGAGCUUUGUAGAGAACAAUGUGAUUCUAUACUUCAACUGGACCACACAAUGAUUCAAUAUUUUGUUUUAUUUUUUAUUCUUUAUGAAUUUGUAUCCUUUCCAAUGAUUGUAUGCCACUUGUGAGUGAGUUGUGCUAUCUUGGUGGGAUUCUACUGUUCUUUGUUACCAUUGGUAAGGCUUUAUGAUUGUGUUUAGUUUCUGUCAACAUAUUACUUUUUAUAUUAAAAAACACUCCUGUCAACUAAUAA